CCGAGCGACAUGGCGACUCUCUGGAGGCUGAGUGUCCUCUGCGGUGCCAGAGGUCAGCGAGCUCUCUUCCUCCGAACCCCAGUGGUCAGACCAGCUCAUGUCUCAGCAUUUCUCCAGGACUGAUCAACCCCAGGAUGCUGUGGAAUACAGCACAUUCACCUGUCACCCAGCCACCAUUCUGGUUCCAAGGCUGCAUCUCUCCACUGGACUGGUGAGAGGGUUGUCAGUGUUUUGCUCCUGGGCCUAAUUCCAGCUGCUUAUUUGAAUCCUUGCUCUGCGGUGGACUACUCUCUGGCUGCAGCCCUCACUCUUCAUAGUCACUGGGGCGUUGGACAAGUUGUUACUGACUAUGUUCAAGGGGCUGCAUUGCAGAAAGCUGCCAAGGCAGGCUUUUUGGUGCUCUUGGCGUUCACCUUUGUUGGGCUUUGUUAUUUCAACUAUCAUGAUGUGGGCAUCUGCAAAGCUGUGGCUAUGCUGUGGAAGCUCUGACCCUUUAGACUUAACACCUUGAGAAGUGAU